AUGCUCAACAUGUCUGGAAACCACGUCAUUGGAAACAGAAACAGCACGCCCGAGGCUAAUACCGCCUCGACCCUGCGACCUCCUUCCUCCAGGGCCGUUGGCUCCGGUCAUUCGCUUCGCGCAUCUGCCGAUAUGGCUGCUCUCACCGGCCCAUCGCCGGCCAGUCGCAUCCGGCCCUCAUCGGACUUCUAUGGCCAGGCCCAGCAGAGUCUGGGCCCAGGCAACUCGGAGUCCGAUUCGCAGGACAAGAUUGCGCAGCAGUGGAUCGCCGACAUUGACCAGUACGAGACUACACUCGAGGAGAUGGCUGCUGCCACCUUGGAUCAAGAUUUCAAGGACGAGCUCAGCGCCAUUGAGCAAUGGUUCCGCGUCCUGAGCGAGGCGGAGCGCACUGCCGCCUUGUAUGCUCUCUUGCAGCAGACAACCCAGGUCCAGAUCCGCUUCUUCAUUCAGGUCCUCCAGCAGAUGGGGAAGAACCAUCCCAUGUCAGGGGUCCUCUCCCCUGCAAGCUUCGACAAAGACCCUAUGUCGAAUCGCCUUAGCGAUGCCAUGAAUAAGCUGAAUGUAGAUUCCGCCCGCAAUUCCAUGUCGCGUAACUCGGUUAUCGCGCCGUCUAACAAGCGACAUUCGGGCCUGGACCCAUCUACCAUUAGCGCCAUGUUUCCCGAUGCUGCUGCUGCCAUUGCUACCGAGAAGGCUAAGUUCACUCAGCAGACGGGUAACCCCCCGUCUUCGAAUCGCAACAGCGUUGCCCUGGAUCCCCGCUCAUCGAUGGCUGCCCCGUCCAUCAGCGCACCUCAGGACAACCGUGACGCUGGUCCUGUCAGCUCUCCUUCGCCUUGGAACAGCACUGGCAAUGCAGAUCAGCCAAGCGCCAAGGGUUCGUCCACCCAGGCUCCCAUGGGCCAGUUUGUGCAGCCGGCACCGUCGAGUGGCCUUCGAUCCCCCCGUCCUCAGCUGUCAAGCAACAACACAAUCCAGAGCACGACGCUCACUGCGCCCGAGAAGAACCCUGCAGAUCUGCCGCUGCUCUCCCCAUACAAUGCCAGCAGUGGCAACUGGGCCUCGAUGGUGAACACGCCUAUGACUGGUACCUUCAACACCGCCAACACCGGUGGAACACAAGCGGAUAUGGUUGCCAAUGCUACUGCCAUGAAGCUUGCAGCCCUUUCUACGGUCAACAACCGAUUUGCAUUGGAUGACGUUCGCAAAUACCGUCGCACUAGAUCCAACGACGGUGCACCUGGAAAUGCCCAGGCCCCGAUCUCUGCUGGUCCUCAGCCUGGAAUCAACCUUCCCAGCGCCAACGUCGUUAUGAUCAACGAACACGGCCAAGUCCUUAGCCGGGAGCAGCUCAUGGCCCUCCAGGCCCAGCAGAGCAUGAACUUGGGUGGCCAGCGCUCGAGACCCAGCUCUCCUGGACUUGCCUUGCAGACUGGAUUGCCCCAUAUGGCUCCGUUUACUUCGCCGCAGAACAACGGCUUCCUGAGCGCUUAUGACGGAGCUUCACCGCUGAUGAGCAAUGGUCUACAGGCUGUCAGCCUGGGAGGACUGAGUGUGAGCGGUCACGAAGGCUACUUGUCGGACCACUCGGAUAUGGUUCGCGGACGAUCCCCUCGUGGACGACGAGGCAGCUCCAAGCCUCCAGAGGACCCGACGGACCCAACUCUCUUGCAGGACAUCCCAAGCUGGCUUCGUAGCCUCCGUCUUCAUAAGUACACCGACAACCUGAAGGAUAUGAAGUGGACGGAGCUCAUUGAGUUGGACGACAAGGCUUUGGAGGAGCGCGGUGUUAACGCUCUUGGAGCGCGCCGAAAGAUGCUCAAGGUCUUUGAUCAGGUCAAGGAAGCCAAGGCCGACGGAAAACUGGGCUAG